GAGGGAUGAGGCUAGCCAAAUUUAAGAGGGAGGGAAUGUGAAUGGGCGUGAUAGAGAGACGUUCAAGUUCAUAGUAUUGAGUUUAUUUGUCGUGAAGAUAAUCGCGUUGUUCAUCAUUGUCAUGCCCAGCAAAGUGAAGGGUACCCAGUAAAUGUUUGAAAUCAGUCGGAGGCGACAACAGUAGCUGGAGGAAAAUGUCCGUGGAAGGCCAAUAAAUCUGUCCCAGUGACGUGCUUGUGUUUUGGUUGGUUUCCAUCAACGAACCGAGUACCUCCUCCCCUCAGUCUGUCGCGAACGCUUCAUUGUCAUUGCCACGCGGAAUUGACAUGAUUGUAAUUUAAUCGUUGCAGGACAAGCCAACGCCAACAUGGAUGAGUCAUCCCUGGACAUUCAUCCUGCCAAAGGCUUCACAGAUGAAGUUGGGAAUUGUCAACCAUCUGUGCUUCAGUCUGAGUCAUCAUCCUCAAAUUCCUCACCUGCUGAAAUGGGAAGAACUGCCAUUGCCUCUGCCAUAAAUGAAGGAGACACUCAAUCCAGCGGCGCUCAUACAGCCAAAAGUAUUUCGCCUGCUUCACCAGAUAGUACAGAAUUAAAAGUACAAAUUUGCACUUCUCAAGAAGAUGGUGUUCUAGAAACUACAGCUCAGAAAAUGAACUCACUAUCAAUUGAGCCUGUGGCCAGUUCUGAAGCCAACAUUAAGACCAGCAAGAAGUCUUCAUCAGAAAGCAGCCCUGUCUCAUCAAGUAAAGGUCCUGAAGAAUACCAGUUGAAGUGGAUUAUGUGGCAUGAACACAAAACUCCCAUCAUAACACAGAACCAGAAUGGACCUUGCCCGUUGAUAGCUAUUGCAAAUAUCCUCCUCCUUCGGGGUAAAAUGAAGCUCUCGGCAAAUGCAUCAAGUAUCACGUCGGAGGAACUUCUGACUCAUGUUGCAAACAACAUUGUUGAAAGUAGACCAGAGGAUAAUUCUGAAGAGAUAAUGCGGAACUUUGAACAAAACAUGCAUGAUGCAAUGUCUCUGCUCCCUCAGCUGCAUUCUGGCCUUGAUGUCAAUGUUAAAUUUACGGGGGUUACUCAUUUUGAGUUUACUGAGGCAUGCACUGUGUUUGAUUUACUCGACAUUUCCCUGUACCAUGGCUGGGUUGUCGAUCCUCAAGCAACUGAGACGGUAACAGCUCUAGGACAUAUGGGAUAUAAUCAGUUAGUGGAGAUGAUCAUUCAGGAUAAGAUGGCUGAUGAUUCUACUAAAGUUACCAGAGCUUUAUUGGCAGAACAAUUUCUUGAAAGCAGCGCCUCCCAGUUGACAUAUCAUGGAUUAUGUGAACUGAACUCUGUUAUGGCUGAUAAUGAGCUGGCUGUUAUCUUCAGGAACAACCAUUUCAGUACAAUAUUCAAACGAAGGGUUCCAACAUCAAGUAGACAGCAGAGCACUCAACAAGUGCAAAAUGAACUUUUUCUACUAGUGACAGACCAAGGUUUCCUCCAUGAGUAUAAUGUGGUUUGGGAAAUGUUUUGCAAUAUUGAAGGCGACUCCAUGUUUGUGGAUAGUGACUUCAAAAAUGUCCCACCAAAGACAACAUCAGAUUUCUCCCCUGCAGCAACAACUAUGUCUCAGAUUGAUCAAGACUAUAUGGUGGCUUUGGCAUUGCAAGAAGAUAUGCAGCGUCUUGAUGAAUCAUGGGAUGAUGUUAAAAAGUCUCAUCCCGAUGAGGACCUGUCUGAACUUUCAGAUGAGGAGUUGGCUCGUUUGCUGCACAAACAAGAGUUGGAUGGAGUUGCAGAAGAAGAAAGAGUUAAUAAACAACUUUUGGAGCAGACACAACAGGCCCCAUUGAAAAGUUCUCAGGCAUCACCACCAUGCUCUUGCAAUCCAUCUGAAUGCAAUCAUGGAACCCCUGUUCGCAGUGUUGAGACCUGCUCUCCUAAUCCAGCAGGUUCCCCCACAUCCUCAUCCCACAAAAAGAAUGCUUGCUCGGUGCUCUGAUAAAUGCUUUCCAGGCCUGCAUUUACCUAAUGCAUGGCUUGGAGGUGAAACUACGAAGGUAACAAGUGCUCUCACGCAGCAAAUCAAUUUUGUGCAUCUUCAGGGGCAAAGGAGGAAUAUUUUAUCUGAGCUAUAUUGAAUUGGAAAUCACAAGCUGAUUUGUUGCCUUGUUUUGUGUCUUAGUUAAUGUUAAGUGUAUAGGCUGGCGACUUCGUUUACUUGUUAUAGUGCAUGUAAUAUAGCUUUAAUAACAUAUGGAGCAGAUCGACACAACCAGCACAUCUGCUAUUUUUUACAAGCUCCGUGCUUGCUCUUUUUAAAAUCCUUUUCUGGAUAUAUUUUAUUUUUUUCUAUCUGCAUUUCAAUUUGCUUUUUAAUGUGAAGCUGUUACUCUACUGACAUGGUUGAGGGCUUUCAUUAACAAAAAAAAUAACUGCAGGAGUUUGUGACGAAAGCAACUGCAACCCUUGUUUAUUAGUCUUUUCAUCAUAGCCACCGGCUGAAAGAGGAGAAAAUAUUUGCAGUUUUGCAUUGAAAUCCAUUGUGCUUUGUGUCAAAUAAUGUGUCCCACUUUCAUUGAAUCAGUUCUGACCUGUUCUCCAGAGGUGGUCAUUUGGACCUUCUUGUUCUUGGCUGAGUGCGGCCGAGCCUAGUGCAAAAGUGCAGUUUCAUCAUAGUGACUUUUGGUCAUUGCUGUUUGGAAGGCCAGGCUUGGAGCUUAAAUCAUAUAUUUGGCAUUUAUUUGUGAACCUCCAAACAGCGCUUUUUGUUAUUGCAAGUUAUAUUGUUGAAAUUCAUCUGUAGGUUGUCUUGGUUAGAUAUUUGUGGGCGCUGCACUGAGAAAUAGAAUUAAGCUUUUUGAUUAGUUGUAAUUCUAAGUUCGUUAUAAAAAAGAGAUUUUACAAAUGUUGAUAUCUUCAAGUUACUCAAAAUCUUUGUGUCAUGUUUUGAGUGUGCCAGAGGUGUUCAUUUUAUCUAAACUUCGAUUGAUUGUGAUGUCCUAGAUCUGUAGAACCUACAAUGUUUACCUAUCUACCAGUAAUUACUCUAUCUGUUAGAUUUCAGAUUUGUUUCUUCUGUUGCCUUGUGUGGCAUAUUGUUGGAUCAAUGUUGUUGGUUCUCGGGAUAGCUGUUCAAUUGAUGUUUCAGAAUGACACCAAACAAAUAGCUAUGUGCCUUAUUUAAAUUUUAGCUCUUCUUAUAAUAUAGUGAGUGAUAAUAUCAUCUGUUGAAUCAUAAGAAUUUUUAUCUAUUUCGUGUGUUAUAUAUAUAUGUAGCCAAAGAAAUCACUUAAUUUUGUAAACCAUUUUGAUUACUCCAUGUGCUAUAAAAUUUAAUUGUGACUAGCUGACCUGUUCUGUGAUGAAUAUGAGCUCAGCUGACAAACAUUAUCCCCCGUUAAGUAAUUACCUUGUCUUUUUUGUUUUUCCCCUUCAUGUAGAAAGUGCGUAUGGUAUGUGUGAAUUUGUCUGGCUAGUUGGUUGAAAGUUAUUGGUAACUUAUGCAAUAUGCAAACAGCAAUAUUUAUGAAAAAUGAGUUGAAAUAUGUUUUUCACAUUAGAGUGCUGUGAAAUAUACAGGGUAUAUUUUCAUGAUUAUUUGUCUGUGAUUUUUGUCAUCAAUGAAGAUUGAAAAGGUGGAGUACACUUUGUAUACUGUUAAAACUUUUAAGAAGCCCUGCUAUGUUUUAAGGGUGCUUUUAGCUAACUACAGUCUCUUUUUGUUAAUUCAAGUAAGCCAGGUUCUAUUUUGCUAAAAGACCUCUUCACACAUGCAAUUUGUUUGUCAGCUCAGCUCCUAAGCAUCUUGUUUGAAAAAGCAAUAUGUGAUGGUGUUGUGUUCAUUGCUUGCUAAUGUAAAAGUAUAGUGAACUUCAGGGUUAAAGGAAAUAAUUCCUUCUGAUUAUAAGAUUCCAAACCAUUGUUUGGAAGGUAUAAAAUAUUUUACAAGCUAUGCAAUUACUGAAUGAAUGUAGAGCUGCUAUGUCAAUUUAAAACAAAGAGUGAGCAACACCACGUGUGUUUUAUCGCUGUUUAAAACAACAACAAAAAAACAGUUAAUUAUUUGAAGUAUGCGGCCUUGUCCUGAGAGUUGUACUGUUGCCAACCCAUUUUUUUUUUUUUUUUUUAAUCGGACUUUGUUAAUUGACAAAGAGUUUUGUGAAAAACAACAAAUUGUGUAACUUGACCCUACAUAGAACAGGAUCGUUGUGCUUUUUAGUGCAUAAUAGAUGUACUGGCAAAUAUAUUAAAUGAUGAAUGAAUAAAUGUUGCCACUACAUGAAGUGUGAUGAUUAUUGUUUUUUUGUUUUGAUUAAAAUUUGUUUCUAAAGGAACUAGUGGAUGUUUGUAGUGCUCUUGUUCUGAGUGAGAUAGAUCUUUUCAAUCAAUUUUGUUUUCUUAUGCCUCCCUCUUAUCUUUUGUUAAUUAAAGGGUGUAUGUUCGUCUUUGAAUGUAGUAAGUUAUUGGAAAGAAGUGUUGGUUUUAGAAUAGCUCCUUAAUAAGAUUUGUGUAAGUUGCCUUUUUCAAAAACUAAUAAGAAACAAAAAAAAACCUUCUUUCAAAAAGGAAGGUUAUUGUAGAAACAGUUUUAUUGAUUUGAAAUUCAAGCGUGCAUAGUAAAUGCUUUCUACAAUCAAACCACAUUUUGUACUUGGUUCACACUAGAGUCUCAUGCUGAGCCUUCUCAUUUCCAUAUCUCUGAACUCACCUGUGGACGCACCCUACUCUUGUGUCUCAGUGAUUGCCUUAUUAUAAACAGCUUGAUAAAUCCCUCAAAAUUGAUUGAUUACAAUCGUUCAGGAUUAAAGGCAUACUCUAGAAGAUGAGGUGAAAAUAGCGUCAAUAGAUCACUCUGUAUUUACCACUGUAGAUUUAUUCUUUGUCAAAUUUUUCCUUGCCAAUGGAGAGACAUUUAAAAAGUGGUAUAGGACAGUCUAUAUGUGAGAUGGUCUCCUGCAAUUUGUAUGCACUUAAUUUCUAACUUUCUGUUUCUGUUCUUUGUCAUUAGCUCAGAAAACCGUUUGGGAUUGGAAGCUAAACAUUUCUAUUUAAUAUUUCUGUAUAAACUGUGAUGAAUUGCUAUUCAGAGUUAAUUGUACCACAUUUAAUUAAGCUUUUGAAUACCUAGUUAAGAUGUCUGCCAGAAAAAGAUGCAUGUAAGUCGCUCAUUGGAGGUCUUCUAGUUCAGCAAAAUGUCCUACUAAAUCAAGUAAAUGUACCAACUCCAAGCUUAUCCCUUAUAAUUCAUGCACCAUAAGUGCCAGUGUUAUGCAAAGAUGUUAAAAGUCAGUUAUAAUAAAUUAUUUUCAGUAUUAUGUAUACUUAAAAAUUCAGAGGUAUGUUUUGUUAGAGUUUUUAAGGUAGCUUUUGAAGUAAACCUACUAUUUUUAUGAUUGUCUCAUCUAGUCAGAUUAAGUUAAAGACAACUCAAGGAAUUGAAUUGUAAUUCAAACUGGAUGAUGUGUCACGUGCAUGGUUAUUUGUGGAUCCGUUACUGAGCUUAUUUUCUUCAUACUUCUUGUUGCAUUCAAAAAUUUAAAAAAUAAACAAAAUUAAUCAGCAAA